CCAUGGAAGCAGAGAAACAAGAAGAAUUUAAUCUGCAAAAAGAGUUCGAAUGGGUGUUGAGGGAAGAGGUGCAUCAAUUACUGAAGAAACUGAAAUUUAUUCUCAUAGAAUGUGCACAUCGGUUUCCUGUUCCAUUGUAUGAAAAUGAGGGAAAGAAGACUGAAAAAUUCAUAUUAUCUGUCCAACCGCCAGAUCAAUUGAAGGCCAUUCUCACUCUGACGGGUGAUACCAUUACACAAGCGGACAUUAGUUUUAAAUUAUCCAAAUCACCUCAUCAAAUUCAACGCACCUCCAUUACACAGGACUCACCAUGGAAAUUGCAGCAAGUCCAGGAUGCGGCGAACCAUCUCCAGCAAGCCAUUAAUCACAUUGAUGACGUCGAUGAGUCGUACCAUUUCAAAACAUCCGAUGAAGUAAUGCAUGUUGUUGGCAAUAUAUUGGAAGCACUACAAAGAGGGCGCUUAUCACUUGUCAUACCAAAAAAGAAGCCCAUUGAUGAAUUAAUAAAAGGCCGCAAUAUGAAAUCUCUGACUCCGAAUUUAUCGGAAGAUUUAGCUGUUAGUUUUUAUUUGCAGUCGCAUAAAUUAAUUAUUGCCGUGUAUCAGCUAACAAAUAUUCAUGGGACAAUGCGUUUUGACUCGUGCCAGGCUGAGGCUUCCAUCAAUUGGCUAAAUGAGGUUUUGUUUAUGCUGUCAGCAGGUCUACAGCUUUGUCAACAGCUAAAAGAUAAAAUCUCAGUUUUCUCGUUGUACAAAGAUUUCAAAGUUGGUUCACGAGCAUCCUCGGCCUUAUCCUAUUGACCCCAUGAAAUGGGUUCUUGUUAUUGGCUUCUAUAGAAAGACUUGGUUGUAUUCUAUUUCUUUAUUUAUAAUUUAAA